CGUUCUGGCGUUAGUAGUAGCUCUCUCGAGGGUUCGGUGCGUCCUCUGCAUUUGGCGGGCCUCACACUCAACAAAAGCAAAAAUAUCCAAUAAAAAAGUCCACACCAGAGCCUUGAAUCAACAUCUAAACAAAUUGGCGAACCACCGUAUGAACCGUGAAAGCCAAAUAAAAGCCUCAACUGCGUAUUUCAAUCGGAGUGUGUGACGUAAAGGUGCCUGGGUGAAUAGUGAUAAAAUAAUGCCUGGUACAAAUCGCUUAGUGUAAACACGUCGUCCUCAAUCCAUCUCUGUCUCACUGACUGUCAUUGGGGGGAAAAUUAUUUGUACUGUGAUUGGUGCGCACGAGGUACUGCGCAGGGAAAUUUUGAACGGGAGACACAAGCAACAGUACAUCGGUGGUUGGAGAAGGGAAACGGAGAGGAGACGAUACCAAGGAGGCCAAGAAUUAUUCCCAAAGUUUCGAUCGGCCAUAUUGGGGUUACUUCGUUGACUCUUACACAACGCCCUCACACGUACGAACGAGUGUCUACUGAUAAUUCAGCAUUGGAGUUGUGAAGAUUGAUGGUUUCACGAUGUCGGCCAACGUAACGACGAUAAAGCUUGAAGAAGGGCAGGAGUCGGUAACGGAGAUACAGACUUACCUGGAGACGUUUAAUAAAGAAAUCGAGGGUGGCCAGGGUGAGCAGUUGCAGCAUGUGCAGCUUCAGCAGGUUGAAGGUCUCUCUGGUGGAGAGGAAGGUGGUACGUACUUCGUUGAUCAAUCGGGGCAGUACUAUUAUCAAGCCAGCAGUGACGAUGCACCGGUUAUGACCCAAGUGCAGAUCCAAGAAGUUGAGGAGGAGGGACAGCCCGAUGAUGCCCACGAGGAGCAGUACCACGAGGUUGAAGAGCUUGAAAAUGUGGAGGCCGAGGAGGAUGGACAAGUGUCCACCAAUGGAAAUGUCGUGUUGAAUUCAGCAGAUGCUUAUCAAACGGUGACAAUUGUUCCCUCGGACACAAAUCCUGGAGAAGUCAGCUACGUCCUUAUUGUACAGCAACCAGAUGGUGAGGAGAAGGAGCGGGUCGAGGGUGAGGGGGUCGAGGGUGAAGAGGGUGAGCAAGAUCUCACUGUUUACGAUUUUGAGGACAACGAGGACAACGAUGGGGCACAAACUGAGUAUGAGGCUGACGAUGACAAAACCAAAAUCGUCAAAUAUCUCCCCAAGAAAUCACAGACCGUCACCCAGGCGCACAUGUGCAAUUACUGCAACUACACGAGUCCCAAGCGUUAUCUUCUCUCGAGACACAUGAAGUCACACUCUGAGGAAAGACCUCACAAGUGCAGUGUCUGUGAGAGGGGCUUCAAAACACUUGCUUCAUUGCAGAAUCACGUCAACACUCAUACUGGAACAAAACCACAUCACUGCAAAUUCUGCGACAGUGCGUUCACCACGUCAGGGGAACUGGUGCGACACGUGAGGUACAGACACACCCAUGAGAAACCGCACAAGUGUCACGAGUGUGAUUAUGCAUCUGUGGAGCUGUCGAAGCUGAAGAGACACAUAAGGUGUCACACGGGAGAGCGUCCGUAUCAAUGUCCUCAUUGUACAUACGCCAGUCCCGAUACAUUCAAAUUAAAACGACAUUUGCGUAUUCAUACUGGUGAAAAACCGUACGAGUGUGACAUUUGUCAGGCGAGAUUUACGCAAUCCAACAGUUUGAAGGCUCACAAACUCGUGCAUAAUGUUGGAGACAAACCGGUAUUCCAGUGCGAGUUGUGUCCAACGACCUGCGGCAGAAAAACAGAUCUCAGGAUUCACGUACAAAAAUUGCAUACCUCUGAUAAGCCAUUGAAAUGCAAACGCUGUGGCAAGACAUUCCCAGACCGGUACAGCUACAAGUUGCACAGUAAAACACACGAGGGUGAAAAAUGUUACAAAUGCGAUCUCUGCCCUUACGCAUCUAUUUCCGCUAGACAUUUGGAGAGUCACAUGUUAAUUCACACUGAUCAAAAGCCCUACCAGUGUGAUCAUUGUUAUCAGUCAUUCAGACAGAAGCAGCUGCUGAAGCGUCACUGCAAUCUCUACCACAAUCCGUCGUAUGUACCACCACCGCCCCAGGAAAAGACCCAUCAGUGUCCGGAGUGUGAGCGUGCAUUCAGGCAUAAGGGCAAUUUGAUCAGGCACAUGGCGGUUCACGAUCCUGAGUCGUCCCUACAGGAGAAACAGCAGGCGUUGAAGAUUGGCAGGCAGAAGAAAAUACAGAUCAUCGAUGGCCAGAGGGUCGAAGUCAUGACUGGUGAUUUAGCUUCUAAACUUAAAGGUUACGAUGACGACGAAGAAGAGGAGGAAGAGGAGGAUAUGAUGGCAGUGGAGGGAAGUGAUGGACAACAGUACGUUGUUCUGGAAGUCAUUCAGUUGGCUGAUAAUCAAAGCACAGAUCAGAUGGCUGUUGUAGCCAGUGAAGAUGGCGAUUUGAUGAUGCAGGAUCCACUGAGCUCCGAAGCUGGCAUAGUAGAAUCAUUAGAGAAUGGUGAAGACGAGGAGGAGGAGGAGGAGGAGGAGAUGAACUUGGAGGAGAUCAAGCAGGCAAUUGCAGCUCGUAAAGUUGUCCACCAGAAAGUCCACAAUGAAUCGAAAAUAAGUAAAGACAUGGAGAAUUGCUUUGGCUUUGAUGAGGAGGAGGAGGAGGAGGAGGAAGAAACGGGUACAGAGAUUCGCCUCUUGGAGUCCCUCUCGUAAUGAUCAGCAUUCAACUAAAUGGGCGUAAUGUACCUACUUAAUAGUCAACACAUUUGUCUUUUAAUCGACAGAACGAGAAGCUCAUGUUAACAGUGAGAGCCACACGUACAUUGAUUGUCGGGACUGUGGGAUUAAACAGUGUAAAUUAGGAAACUGUAAUAAUUUAUGGAUCUUAUUGUGUUUAGUCGUGACCAUUGAGGUUGGUAGUUUUUAAGAGAGAUAAAUGGUAUAGGAUUCAUCUGGAAAAGCAGUGGUAAACAAUCACAUCAACUUUAAAAACAAAUUCUUUCUUUUACGUAUUUUACUCAUCACGAGUUUUUCAUUCGCAUAACAAUGCAUCUACAGAUGCAUGAACGACAAGUGCGUGAAUUGGCAGAUAUCUGCCUUGUAAAUAAUUUUUUUUUCCCUGCAUUAUUCUGUAUUUGAUAAGAUUAGAGAAUUAUACUAAGGGUUUAGCUUAAUUAAUCAGAGAAUGUACUCUGUAUUGAGUGGAUUAUUCCAUCCACGGUGUCAGGAUGAAAGGUUAAUAAUUUUCAUUGAAAGAAAUACACGAUUCCACAGACAUGACCAAAAGUUCUAGCGUUUAUUGGUAUCUCUUACUGUACCAAAAUUUAUCCAUUAUUCGCUUGAACCUCGAUGUGUUGAGGAGUAAUUAUUUUUCCAUAAUCUUUUUCUCCGGGUUCUAUUCAUGUCAACGUGAAUCUUGUUCAGUUUUAGCUUAGGUUUCAUUGAGAUCAACGUUUGACGUUUUUUUUUCCAUCAUUAUUGACUAUUAUCGUUGAAAAAAAUAAAUCACAUAUGAAUCAAUUCAGUAAUAUAGAUGAAUUCAAUGCUGUCUGGUGUAAUCGUAUAGUUGGAGUCCACAAUUUAUUGGUGAAUCGUCGUGGCAGAGUUAAAAGGGCACAAGUGCGAUACCCGUAAUUAUGCCCUUUCAUCUCUGUAAUGAUGAAAUAUAAAUAUAUAUGAUAUAUAUAGAUAUUCAAAUACUGAGAUGAUUGAGUUUAAAAAUAAUCACUUGGCGAAUGAUUUUCAUAAUAAAAUUGUUGCUCUUCACUUGAUUCGUAGAUGUGAAGAAUCAAAGUAAUGGAAAUUUGUUCUCUGAGUGUAUAAAUUAAAUCCCAAGAGCGCAUACAAAAACCACAUCGUUAAAGAGCUCUUUAAAAUUCAAAUUUCAAACGACGUAAAGUGGAAUCACCUAUGUACAAUUUUUUUACACAACAAAAAAAAAAUCUAUUGUACAAUUGUAAUUUAGAAAUUUGAUCGGCACUGUUACAUGCUGUCAAUAAUAAUAAUCAUAAGU